GUUAACUUUAACGUUACGCUGUUUCUAUAGAAAAGGCGGCGGCCAACAAAAAAAGGACUGAAAGUAAAAUUACAGUAUAAAAAUAAUAAAAACAUGGAAAAGAAAAUAUGAAUAAAUCGUCAGAAAAAGGUCCGUCAAAAGCGGAAUUGGAGGAAUUGACCUUACUCCUAGAAAAUCGGACGUUUGUAGAUUACUUCAACACUUUCCUUUGUCUGCCUGUUUUUGGUCAACAUGUGUUCUACAAUUACAUGGAAAUGGAAUUUGAGUUCGAGCCCCCUAUCAGGAACGGACGGCAUCUGUACCUGGAUCGUAGAAUGGUGGUGCAAUGGUUGUGCACAGAGAGGCUGCGCUCGUUUAAGCGGUCUGCAUUGUACACGGAAUAUAACCUGUGUAUGUUACUGAGGGAAACGAAGGUCAAGCUACCUGGAUUAAAAUUUGAGAAAGGACAAGAUACCGGUAACUUCAACAAAAAUACAAUAGGAACGGCCGUAGGGAUGAUGCUGUUUCGCGAAUCUAUGAGGAGUACAUGUGGGGAAAACGUGUACAGGUGUUGGAAAGACAUAGAGGCGUGGAGACUUAUAGAAGACCCAGUGAAAAAAAUGUACUGGAAACAUGUAAUAAAAACUCAUUACAUCAAUGAAAACAGCACGACAGAUGUGGCCAGUAACCUGAAAGUAAAAGUUUUCCGUGGUAUUUUGAACUUCGAACUGGUUCCUGACAUAGAUAUUCAUCAGCAAAUACUCGACUCUGUGACAGACGACACCUUCAAUUCCUUUGUCGAAUCAGAUGCAGCAUUGCUAAAGUUGCAGGCGAUACUAUUGGACGCACUCCGGAAGUACUGGUUACCAAGGCAUCUUUUGCAUAUCAUUAAAACAGUUAGCAAAAAAACACUUAACAUAUUAAAGAAACCUUUGCCAGGAGAUAAGGAAUACGUGGACCUUGAACGAAGGUUUCGGUGCCGGUACAUGUUUCCAAAGAUUUACCAAGAUUCGAGUAUAAGCUCACCAGCGACAACCAUAUUGAUAUCACAAUCCGCCGACGACUUGGCAAAGGUUACGCCAACGACGUCCUUGUCCUCUUUUGAUGACGAUGAACUAAAGGCGAAAAUUUUACCGGUGGAUCUUUUGUCGUUAUGGGGCGGUCCUGCAAAGGAGAUUGAUAUCGAGCGUGUAUCUCCAUCAAAUUAUUCUCCGUUCUUGUCGGAAAUAAAUAGUCCUGCUGAUGGAAGUGGCGACCGGUUGCUGCGCUCCGCAAAAAUGCAUGGCAAAAGCCCCAUCCCAAUAGUUCUUACUUCGUAUCUUGGUGGAAAGAAACGGACAUUGGCUGGAAAAUUUCCGAAGACCACUAACAGAGUUAUCUGGUAUCUGGCCUCAGACACGCUCGCCUGUUGUCCCUUUCGUGAAUUCUUGCAACGAAACGAACGGCUUUUAGACCUGCAAUAUUUAGGAUUCUGGACGGACGUCAGGAAUUAUUUAGAUACAGACGAACAUGCCGUGGAUGGAUACGGAAAACCACUGAGACAGAAGCUUGCACGCAGGAUAGCGGAGGUGUACCUGUCUAAAGAACGGAAGAAAAUGGAUAUUUUCUCCGAAAAAUUAAAGAUGUCACUUUUCACCGCCAUCAGUACAAAUGACGAUAUCUCGCUGCUGUGCAUGGCCCAAGAUAUAGCUCAAACAUGUUUGUUGGAGUCACUGAAAUCUUUUAUUGACGAAGAACGGUGCCAUUUUCUGAAGCAAGUGCGGGGUCAACGAAAUCAACUGGACAGAAAACAACGACGAGCCAUAGACAAAGCAGCAAAAAUAUCAAAAUCAAAAUUCGAUGUGGACCCGUUGUACUUUUUUAACUGUGUAACACUUGAUGCAGAUUCUGAGAUUUCAUCCCCAUUAUCUCCGUUUUCUCCCACAAUGCCUUGCGAUUCUGCAAUAUCAGCGACGUCAUACCGCGUGAGCAUUACUGAAGAACAAAUGUGGAAAGCAAUGGAAAUUGCCGUGCUGUGCAGUGAAUACGGCGUGUCAAUGAUGCUUCCCCAACAUCUGCCGCGACCAUCUCAGCUCAUAGAUAUUCUACACAGUGACUACGGCAGUCUUCACGUGACCAGAGUCCCGACAGUUCGACAUGAAUGGUUAAGAAGCUUGACUGAAAAGCCGAAGAUCAAUAUAGAGACACUUAAGGUAUCGAGAAAGGUAUUGGUAGAAGACAUCGAUAUUGCCAGCUUGAUAAAGGCGGUUGCGGACAGGGAAGACUCCGCCAAGCCGAAAAUAAAAAGCCGAGUGCCUAGACGGACUGCUGGACUGAUUGUAGAAAAACGGCCCACAAAACCGAAAUCAUUAUUGGAGGUGAUGUCUGACCCAGUGCAGUACGACUUUUUUAAACGUUUCAUGGUAACGCAAAAAGUGGGCCUCCCAGUUUUAUUUUGGAGGGCUGUAGAAGAUCUUCAAGAAAUCAGUAUCGGAAAGAUACGUGAGAUUAAAGUGACGCAGAUAAUGCGCAAAUUCUUUGGAAGAUUUGGAAAAUAUGGGGCUGCUCUUGACUGUGAUGAGGAAAUAAUAUUUCAAAUCCCACAUAUGGAUAAGGUCAAUCCAGGCAUUUUGAUGUGCGCCCAAGCGGCUGUGUUUAGGUCGCUGGAACGAAAAUGGUUUCCGCAGUAUAUUGCGACCUUCCAGUCGGAUUCUGAUUCGUCCAACCCAAGUUCGGUCGGGUUCCUUCAGUCAGGAAUGAAGAAGGCUGCUGAUUUCGUUAGCAAGACGAAGAAAAUGAAGAAACGGGCACUCGGCAACAGGAAUACGAUGUUGAUGUGGAAGAGAUGUUCAAGAACAUUGGCUGACUUUGUGAAAGGCGUUAGCUCCAAGUGCGAGUCUCAGCUGUUUGAAAUGUUCCUGAAGUAUGAAUUUGAACGGGAUAAGCAGAACCCUCAGCAAGAAGACACAAGUCAGGUACCACCAAUAGAAAAGAACAUCAUGAUGUCCGAUGUGCAUGACCAUAUCCACACCCGUGUUGUUGCCCGAAAUAGACUGGUCAUCAUGAAGCGUUUGCCGUCGGAUCUUAGGUUCUGGAUAGAAGUUAGAAAGUAUCAAAACCUUGUUGACAGCGCCUCACAGAAAAACAGUAUCUCCGUCCAGGACACUGAAUUCCUGACCGACAAAGCAAGAUCUAUAAUCUCCUGCUUCUUGGCUUCAGACAUACUGCCAAAGGUCCAGGUGAACAUACCACAUGACAUGGCGUUGAACAUCAUCAACAGUUUAGCAAGUUAUGGUCCUAAAAGAGGAAUGUUUCACGACGCCAUAGUUCUUCUAUUCCCGAUACUAUACCACUUCUAUCGCAAGUUCUCUGAAGAGUGGAUGAAGGGCGAUAUCCCAGAUGAUUACUUUGAUUCUAUAGAACAUAUGUUACAAUGUCACGUGUCAACCACACCGCACCGAAAAUUAGAUAUUCCCGACUUCACAGCUUUAAAACCGACUCAGGUCAAAAAUGUACGGUCUCAAGAUGAAACAAUGAAAAUCCAUUUCUCUAUCUCAGAAGGCGUCACAUUGAUCUACCCGCUAGUUAAACGUAAUAAAUCGUUAACAACACAGCGAAGGCGUAUGGCUAAAUGCAUUAUAUAUGAGCCAGAUAAAGAGACAUCGCUACAAAAAGAGAGCAGUGGCGAACACGGGGAUAAGAAAGACGACAAACAGUCUCCUAAAGGGGGAGACAAAGCACACCAUAAGCAUGAUCCAGGAAGAAAGCACUUGACAAAUACCAAGAAAGGCAGAAAGAAAUCGGAGAAAACAGUUGGCGAAGAAUCGGAACACGUGUCGGCAGAUGAUUCUACAGAACAGAAAGGACCUGUUGAUAAAGCGCUCCGAUUGCGGUCUCUUAUUGAGUCAAUUAACAAAGAAAAAGAAGAAAAAAUCAAAGAACAGAACAAAUUGUUUAGCAAAAUAAUGUCAAUUAAAGAAGUUGUUCGAGCAGCUUUGGAUCAAUCGGCGGAAACAAAUUCAACGGUCUCGAAUGAUAUUUCAGUUAAUUAAAUUGCAAAACCUA